AUGGUUCUCUUAAUAUUUUCCACUAAUUUCUACCUUGUAGGUGACUGCGGAGAUCAUGUUGUCAUAAUAAAUACAAGACAUAUUGCCUUCUCUGGUAACAAAUGGGAACAGAAAGUAUAUUCUUCACAUACUGGCUAUCCUGGUGGUUUCAAACAAGUGACAGCAACUCAGCUCCAUUUGAAGGAUCCAACUGCUAUUGUUAAACUGACUGUUUAUAGAAUGCUUCCAAAAAACCUUCAGAGAAGAACUAUGAUGCAGAGGCUUCACCUGUUUCCAGAAGAUAUUAUUCCAGAAGAUAUACAGAAGAAUCUUCUACAAGAGAUUCCUCAGCCACGUGCAGUCCCCAAGAGGUUAGAUGAAUAUACACCAGAAGAAAUUGCUGCCUUUCCGAAGGUUUGGACUCCGUAA